AUGACUGUCAAUCUAGAGAAGCUCCCCACAUUCGCACACAAACCCCGCAUUUUCAUCCUGACAGACGUCUUGAAUGAGCCUGAUGACUCGCAAUCCCUCGUUCGAUACCUACUAUAUUCCAAUGAAUUCGACACUCGAGGUAUAUGCGCGACGACCUCUACCUGGCUGCGCUCCAGUACUCAUCCAGAGGAACUUCGUCGCAUUAUCACGGCAUAUGGCGAGGUUGUUAACAACCUGAACAAACACGUGCAUCCUAGCAGUCAAUACCGGUCUGCCGACUCUCUUCUCUCUCUAGUUACAUCAGGACCACGAGUCUACGGCAAAAAAGCGUUGAAAGAGCCCCAUAGUGAAGGCGCACAACGUCUGCUAGCCGCCCUUCAAGAAUCCGAGGAACCACUCUAUAUCCCCGUUUGGGGUGGUGUGAAUACACUCGCCCAAGCACUCAAGCACCUCGCCGAGACGUCUUCCCCGAACUUAGCUGCCAGAGAGCGGGCAAAGCUACGGGUCUACUCCAUCUCUGAUCAAGAUGACACCGGUGCAUGGAUUCGUGCUAAGUAUCCUGAUGUGUUCUACAUUGUAUCUAUGCAUGGCUGGGACCAGUAUAGCCAGGGGAGCUGGCUAGGCAUGAAUGCUAGUGCUGGCGAAGGGGUGGAUCACACGAAGGUGCUUAACCCAUGGCUGAAUGAGCAUAUCAGAGUCGGCAAGUUUGGGGCCAACGCGUACCCCGAGGUUAAGUUUGGCAUGGAGGGUGAUACGCCGUCUUUUCUGUGGCUGAUUCAGAAUGGGCUGGGUUACCGGGAUUUCAUUAAUUGGGGCGGCUGGGGUGGUCGGUAUAUUCGGCCUCAGAGUGAGGCUGAUUGGGAAGAUGGAAUUGAUGGGAAUCGUUUCCAUAAUGCUCAGGAUUUCGGUGUUAUCGGGGUCGAUGGCAAGGCUUAUACGGAUCACAAGGCGACAAUUUGGCGGUGGGGAGAUGCCGUUCAAGACGACUUUGCAGCUCGGAUGCAUUGGACUCUCACAGAUAACUUUGCUGACGCGGCCCAUCCUCCGGUAGUCGAUGUCAAUGGAUGCACUGGCACGGAGCCAUUGGUUCUUGAAGUUAAGCCUGGAGAAACACACGUUCUCGAUGCGAGUGGCACAUACAGUGCGGACAAUUGCACUGCGGAUGAUCCUCUGGAAUACACCUGGAUGCUCUACGGCGACGUCAACGGCUUUCAUUUCUUCGGCAUGGGUCCAGAGGUCCAAAUUGAAACCCUAGAAGGCAUUCCAUCGGACGUCAAAGAAGGCGAUAUUGCAGGGUUUGCCGCAUACACUAGAGCACGGAAGGUCAAGGUGACGGUGCCACAAAUCGAGAAGCAUCCACAAACAGGACUUUUCACUCCAGACUUUCAUAUCUUGUUGCAAGUGACCAACAGGGCAGGCCCAUAUCCCAUUCGGCGAUAUAAGAGAAUCAUAUUCUCCUAUAUUCAGGAAGAUAAGCCAGUACCUCACAGAAAGAUACCGGAGAGUGCUAAUGAAGCAUACCGGAUGUAUGGAAAUAUCGACGUAACGAGGCCAAGGGUCGACUACUCACAACCACUCAACUACACACCUUGUAAUUGGUGGGGAUGGAAGGUAAAGAAAUAA